CUGCUGCCCGGACAGAGAUGAACACGGUCUACCACUAUGUUAGAUGAUACAGAAAAUAAAAAUGAUUCAGUGCUUUCCAAUGAGCAGCAAGAGAGUCCGCAUCAGAUUAUCAUUGUGCCUCCAGAGUCGACACUGAAGAUAAAGAAGAAAGUAAUAACAGAGGAGUAUAAGCUUGCAGGACAAGUGCUCGGGAUAGGCAUCAACGGCAAGGUCUGGGAAAUAUUCCAGAAGAAAAGUGGCAAAAAUUAUGCCUUAAAGAUGUUGCGGGACACCUCUAAGGCUCGACGGGAAGUGGAGCUUCACUGCAGGGCAUCGAGCUGCCCCCGUAUCGUAGGAAUUGAAGAUGUCUUUGAGAAUUACUACCAAGGCAAAAAGUGUUUGCUUCUGAUCAUGGAGUGUAUGGAGGGGGGAGAACUCUUUCGCCACAUUAAGGAACGUGGUGAUCAAGCUUUCACUGAAAGAGAAGCCUCGGAAAUAAUGAGAAAUAUAGGAGAAGCUGUGGAGUUUCUGCAUGGUAUUAACAUUGCUCACAGAGAUCUCAAGCCAGAGAAUUUACUGUACUCUUCAAAGCAUCCGGAUGCCCAGCUCAAGCUUACAGACUUUGGAUUUGCCAAAGAGACCACAUCCAACAACUGCUUGACCACCCCGUGCUAUACACCUUAUUAUGUGGCCCCAGAGGUGUUUGGUCCAGAGAAAUAUGAUAAGUCAUGUGACGUGGUCAUUAGGAGUCAUCAUGUACAUCUUGUGAGUGAAAACAAUCUGAUGGUUAUGAAAUAUCACAUCAGUGCUUCAUAUGUUAUUUCGCUUUCAUUCACAACCAAUAUGUAUCCUCUUCGGUUGUGUGGAUAUCCACCAUUUUACUCAAACCACGGCUUACCGCUCUCACCGGGAAUGAAAAAACGCAUAAGGAAUGGCCAGUAUGAAUUUCCAAACCCUGAAUGGUCCCAGGUGUCGGAGGAAGCAAAGCAGCUCAUUUGCCAGCUAUUGAAAACAGAUCCUACUGAGAGAAUGAGCAUCACACAAUUCAUGAACCAUUCUUGGAUCAAUAAGUCAAUGAAUGUUCCUCCAACACAUCUACACACAAGUCGAGUUCUUCAGGAAGAGAGUCACGUCUGGGAUGAAGUCAAGGAAGAGAUGACUAAUGCCUUAGCAACAAUAAGAGUGGACUAUGAACAAAUAAAGGUUAAACCGAUCAAGGACGCGUCCAAUCCUCUUCUUCUAAAAAGAAGAAAGAAAAUGGCUGCUGCAAUGGAAGAAGCACCAGGGCCGUGACAAACAAAUGCAUGUGGAAAUGUGCAUAGCUCUUGAGGACACUUCAGAAAAUCAGAUCACUUAAUUGGAGAUUGAGGGAAAAAUGGGGCCUUUCAUGGCAUUUAGUCUUCAUUUCUCUUUUUAAAGCCUGCACCAGUUAGUUAUAGCAUAAAUAAUAUUUGUGUUAACAUCUGUAAGGAUGUAUGAGGUGUAUCACAUUUACUUCAAACUGUAUCUGUAGUGUAAGUGUAUUUUUAAUAAUUUUGUUGAACGUUGUUUGAAAAUAAUAUCCAUUUUGUUAGUCACUUUUUUAAACCAAGUAUUAAAGGGGUGGUUCACUGGGUUUCUAGACUUAUUCUAGACUUGAUUGUGUU